ACUUUAUUGUUUUCAUCUGAAAUAUUCUGAAAUUUCGAGAUAUUUCCCUAUUUCUAACAAAACCACCGAAAAAUGAAGCCUUUUUGGAAUAAAAUAUGGUUCUACACAUUAAGUGCAAUGCUUAUACUAACUUACUGUGACCAUGUGUCUUCUGAAAAUAUCGAAUAUGUGCAAAAAAGUGAAAAUGAUAUGGAUAGUCCUUUCAACAUAAUAUCAAGGUCGAAAAGAAACAGUGAUCAAAGUUCCAGCAGUCCCAGGCCAACUACUCAAUCGACUACCAUAAGUGAUGCAAAACGCUCUUCACCUUCACCAUCGGAGAGUACUAAUGUGGUUUAUGAUGUGGGACCUUCAAAUAACUCCGUAUUAUCAGUAACACCGAUAAAUGUAACAACCACAGCAGCGCCCAACAUUUCGUUAGUGGGCCCCUCCGAUGCAGCACCCCUACCUGAGAAGAGUUCAGCAGAAGAUGAGCACAACAGUUCCAUGGCUAUAUUUUUUGUACUGUGUAUUCUGGCCCUUGGAAUACUUCUGAUUCAUUUGAUGUUACAAACAGGAUUUUCAUACCUGCCAGAAAGUGUCGUAAUCGUAUUUCUGGGUGCUCUAAUUGGAAUGAUUAUAAAUCUGAUGUCUAUAAAGAAUAUUGCAAAUUGGAGGAAAGAAGAAGCCUUCUCACCAACAGCAUUCUUCUUGGUGCUGCUGCCUCCUAUUAUUUUUGAAUCUGGAUACAACCUUCAUAAGGGAAACUUUUUCCAAAAUAUAGGGUCAAUUCUACUGUUUGCAAUUGUGGGAACAGCAAUUUCUGCAUUUGUUAUAGGAGCUGGGAUUUACCUACUGGGCCUAGCACAAGUUGUUUAUAAAUUAAGUUUCGUUGAAUCUUUUGCCUUUGGCUCUCUGAUAUCUGCUGUAGACCCGGUUGCCACUGUGGCUAUCUUCCAUGCCCUGGACGUUGAUCCAGUGCUGAACAUGUUGGUGUUUGGGGAAAGUAUCUUGAAUGAUGCCAUUGCUAUUGUCCUCACAACCGCAGUCUUGGACUCCAAUGACCCUUUCAUGUCCACUGGAGAAGCAAUUCUUUCUGCUAUAAACCGUUUCUGGCUGAUGUUCUUUGCUUCGGCUGGUAUUGGAGUCCUCUUUGCACUGGUCAGUGCCCUUCUCUUGAAACAUGUAGAUUUACGUAAGAACCCAUCUCUAGAGUUUGGUAUGAUGUUAGUGUUUACAUAUGCCCCCUAUGUGCUGGCUGAAGGCAUCCACUUGUCAGGCAUAAUGGCAAUCCUGUUUUGUGGCAUUGUCAUGUCCCACUACACUCACUUCAACCUGUCGACGGUGACUCAGGUGACCAUGCAGCAGACCAUGAGGACUCUGGCCUUCAUUGCAGAAACCUGCGUGUUUGCUUACCUGGGACUGGCCAUUUUCAGUUUCCACCACCGCGUGGAGCCAGCGCUAGUGGUGUGGAGCAUCGUGCUGUGCCUGGUGGGCCGCGCCGCCAACAUCUUCCCGCUCGCGCUGCUCUGCAACAAGUACCGCGAGCACAAGAUCACCAAGAAAAUGAUGUUCAUCAUGUGGUUCAGCGGCCUCCGCGGCGCGAUAUCGUACGCGCUAUCCCUCCACCUGGGCUUCUCGGACGAGACUCGCCACGUCAUCAUCACCACCACGCUCAUCAUCGUGCUCUUCACCACGCUGUUCUUCGGCGGGUCCACCAUGCCGCUGCUCAAGUUCUUACGGGCCAAUAAGAAAGUGAAACGCUCGCGGUCUCAACGGAAACAGAAGGAAGUGAGCUUGUCGAAAACAAAGGAGUGGGGACAGACGAUCGACUCCGAACAUCUGUCCGAGAUCACUGAGGAGGAGCUAGAGGUCAGCUACUCUCACGCAACAAGAAUAAAAGGCUUCGUCAGGCUGGAUAUGAAGUAUUUGACGCCCUUCUUCACCAGAAGAUUUACACAUCAGGAGCUGAAAGACUGCAAGAGUCAAAUGACAGACCUCACGAACCAGUGGUACCAGGCGAUCAGGAUCAGCAACGAUAGGGAGACCGACGAUGAAGACAGCCUGCCGCCCGGCUCGCUCUCCAACUCACAGGUCAACCUACAGCGAGGGGUCUAAUGAUUGUUCUGACUAGCGGAAAGAAUAGCGAAAAUGCAAUAGAAAAGAUUCAUUUUGAAAACAGGGCAGAUAAACCUGACCCCUCUUAGAAACAUUCUUACUAUGAGAGGGGGGUCAGGUUUCUCUGCACAUAACCGUACCUAAUUAUAGAAAUCGA